AUGUACGUCUUGGGAGAAAAGUUGAUCGACCGCACAUUCCAGAACGAUGUCGUCGACGCCAUAAUCUACCGCCAUAUCACUGCGCGACUGAGUCAAAAGCCCCUGCGCUACAAAGUACCUGAUCUGCAAGCUAUCGGAAUCAUCUACGAGGGCGCUCCGAGGAAAGCCCCAGUGAUACGUCUCCUGGUGGAUCUGUGGGCUUUCAACAUGGACUCCUCUUGGGUCACGAAGACGAGACUUCGAGCGCCAGAGAACAAACUUUUUCUGGAUGACCUCUUACCGGCACUGUUAGACAGGCGAGGACUCCCGGAUGCUUCUCAAGCUAGGCCAUGGAUCUCGCAACGAAGUUCCUAUUACAACAAGGGUGUCGUGAUCAAGAGCGAAACGCCGGAAGACCGGGGCGACGAGGCGAUCUUUGAGCCUUUCAUCAAGGAUGAGCCCGCUGAGGAGGAACCUUUCGUUAAGAACGAGCCUUACGUUGGGGAUGAAGCUCACAUCAAGGAAGAGCCUUCUAUGAUAGAUGAGCCCUUCAUCAAGGACGAGCCUUCUAGCGAGAUGGAGCUCUCCAGCGAGGAAGAAUCUUCCAGCGAGGAUGGAUCUGCCAGCGAGGAUGAGCCUUCCAACAAGACUGACCCUUCCGUCCAGGAGGAGGUGGACGUGCUUGAUGCAUUCUGGGGUAUGUAG